CGGUCGACUCCACACUAUCCAUACUCGGAUCAAGAGGUUUGCUUUCGUUCAGUAUGUUUUGCCUACGCACUUGUAAUAACCGUUUAAUUAUAGUCGAACUAAGUUAGCGUUGUGAGAGGACCACGCUGGAAUUUGUUCAGCAACUUGCGGCAAAAGUUUGGAACUCAUGCUACAAAGUUGCAAACAACGUUUUUGAAUGGAGGCUUCGGCGCUGAGAGCCAUAGUGAGGUUCGGAAAGGGGGCGCAGGCUGGGGUCGUAGGCUGUCUGAUCUGACUUUAUAACCAGACAGCAUCCUGUUGCGAGCAGAGUCAACUGGCCCACCGAGGAGAGGACGGAGCUUCUUCUCGCUAUUAUUCGGAUCUUUAUCCAUUCUGGAGUAGGCCUAGGCAUAAUUGCUUCCGCGGGAUAGCUGACACAUUACGGGAGAAACUGUACUUCAACUUCGGUUCGGGAUCUCCACGUCAGAAUACCCCGUGACAGUGUUCUCUCUCCGCUGCCUGGACUGGACAGUAAAAUCUGUGGUAAUCUUUUACUUUGGGAGUGAGGAGGGUUUGGAUUUUAAUCCUUUCGUUUCAGUUGUUUAUUGUGUUUAACGUUGUUUUAAUUGGCUAGCCUACGUUUUUUUUAUUUUUGACACAUCGUUUUUUUGUGAAAGUUGUGGCUUGAACCUUGAAUCAGAUCAUAGUUUAUACACAUUUUGUAAUUCACUUCAACAUGGAUAAAUACGACGAUUUGGAUCUUGAGGCAAGUAAGUUUUUAGAAGACCUCAAUAUGUAUGAGGCAUCUAGGGACGGGUUGUUCCGAAUGAAGAGGGAUGCAGGGAACAACUCCGACUUUGAAGAAACCAGGAGAGUUUUUGCCUCCAAAAUGACAAAAAUCCACAUACAGAAACAGCAAGAGGAAAUUGCCAAAAACAAUUUGGCAGUGAGAAUGAACGGGGGUCACAACAGAGCGACAGACAGCACGUUUUACACCAAAGACAGGCCGCCUAUCAAUAGCUACAGACAGGCAGGAGAAGCUGCUGCCAAGCCUCCCAUACUCUCUGGCCCUAUGCCAGGCACCGUCAGUGGCGCGAGUCAGUACGCGCCCUGUGACGCUCUGAAACACCAUUCACCCAGUCAACAGGCAUACGGCUACGGAAACAAUUAUGAUAACAAGGAGCGUUUUGAGCCGCAUUCUUACCACCACGCCUUGAGCCCUGGGAACGCACACACACAUGGCUCUGGUCACCCUGCCAGUCCCUCGGGCACUUGGGCCUCCUACUCCUCCAGGGGUGGCCAGGCCUCCCCAGGAUCCUCCAGCCCUGGUGGAUCAUCAGGCCUUAUGUGCAGCUCAUCUCAGCAGCCCCAACACCGCUCACCAUCUCCCUCCUUCUCCGACAGCCUACCAUCUCCAAGCCCCACUAGACUGCACCAGAGCAAGGCUGCCACCCCACUAGUGCGGCAGAGUCCCCCCACGGUGGCUGAUGCUGGGGCUGCAGCAGACUGGAUGCGGAGCUUGGGGAACCCAGACCUGAUAGCACCGCUCCCUCUGAGUGCCUUCACUGGCGGAGCUGACCUGUACCAGCAGCUGUCUCCCCAACCUGCCCAUGUUACACCGCCAACAGGCCCUUACUCUGCAGCACACUCCAUGGCCCCAAGACCAACCACCAACCAGGGAAAUCUAUGCCAGAACGGGCUCUCUCAGAGUCCUGUGGCUGUCCCAUCCCCAGCCCAGCCCAAAGCCACCGCUGGGGCUUACCUUCCUGCCUCUGCCUCUCCCUCUGGAACCAGUGUCUCUAGAAGCUUUGGCCAGGGUCAAGGUGUAGGCCAGGCCCAGGGCAGGCAAGUGGCCAUGGGGGUGGAUGUGCCCUCUGCCCUAGACAGCCAGCUGUCCUCUGGUGGUGAGGCCUGCCAGCUCCAGCCCCAGUCCCAGUAUGAAGCCCCCAGCCCCCCCAGAGCUCUCAAACUGCCCUGCCAGACUCUCCAUGUCCAACCGGAGCAGGGGCCGUCUGCCGCUGAGAUCAAAUUAGAAGCCCUGACCAAGCGUCUAGAGAAGGAAAUGGACGCCCAGCCAAAGGCAGACUACUUCGGGAGCUGUGUGAAGUGUAACAAGGCGGUGUACGGAGCCACUCAGGCCUGCCAGGCUAUGGGAAGCCUCUAUCAUGAUGUCUGCUUCACCUGCAGCGCCUGCAGCAGAAGGCUACGGGGGAAAGCAUUUUACUACGUCGGUGGGAAGGUGUUCUGUGAAGAGGACUUUCUGUAUUCUGGAUUCCAGCAGUCUGCAGACAAGUGUAACGCAUGCGGACAUCUGAUCAUGGACAUGAUCCUGCAGGCCCUUGGGAAGUCCUACCACCCUGGCUGUUUCCGUUGUGUCAUCUGCAACGACAGUCUGGACGGAGUGCCCUUCACUGUGGACACAGAGAACAAGAUUUACUGUGUCAAAGACUACCACAGGGUCUUGGCCCCCAAAUGUGCAGCAUGUAACCAGCCCAUCCUGCCUUCAGAGGGCUCUGAUGAAACCAUCCGAGUGGUAUCCAUGGAUAAAGACUACCACGUAGAGUGCUAUCACUGUGAGGACUGUCAGAUGGAGCUGAAUGACGAGGAGGGGCACCGCUGCUACCCGCUAGACGGCCACCUCCUCUGCCACGCCUGCCACCUGAAGCACAUCGAGCCGGGCUGCGCCUCGCCCACCGCUGCCUCCUACCAGCACCAGUUCUAGUCCUAGGAUCUAGUGCAUGGUGCCACCAGGUGGCCCUCUGAACUAACUGCCAAUAAUCUACCACAACCAAUCUGCCAAAAAAAGCUGUCUAUAAUGGUUGGAAUGAUAAUGUAUGCCUUUACUGUACAUCUCUGAUGUAAGUGAGGUCUCUGUUAGGGUUAAUUGUGCGAUUGGUUGAUUGAUUGAUUGAUUGAUUGAUUGUGUGUGUGCGUGUGUGGGAGUGUAAUUGAGAUAGACCUGUUAUUAUUUUUGAUGUAAAAAUCUAUUUCUCUAUUGAAGACAGUGUUUAUUAGUUGUAAGGUGUUGAACUUUCAUCUGACACGAAUGUUAAUAAUCUGGAAAUAACUAACUUUUUAUCCUAAAUAUAUAUAUUUAAAUACCAAUGCCAAAGCACAGUUAUAUUUUGAUGACUGAUACCAAAACAAUUAAGCAUGGAAUUAUAACAAUACAAUUUAUAGUCUCAAUUAGGUGCAUUUUGUGUAAAUAAGUAUACAUUUCAUGUGCUUGUGUAAAUAUCUUGAUCUUCAUUUUCCCCUUUAUGUGCCAUCAAUUUCAGUUGCUCAGUUUUAAUCAAUGUAUUUGUAGAUACUGAUACAGUAGCAAUAGUUUGCAUAGCUUAAUAGAGAAAUGUCCCAAUUUUGUUGUAUGUCUCUGUGUGUGGGUUAUGACAUUACAUUUUAUACUAGAAAUACUUUCCUUCCUCAUUUUAGUUAAUAUACAGGCAGUGUCUAGAAAGUCAAAGUUAGCAUUUUAAAACACAAACUGUACAGGGUCCUUUAUCAUUCCAUGUCAGUGGGAAUCAUGUUGUAUUAGUAUUACAUUUCUAUUGUUAAAUUAACCCUGGAUGUUCUGUUCCCAACACUGAUACUGGGUUAAUAUUCCUAAUGUCCUCUGUCCACUCCUAGAAUAUACUUUCUAUUGCAUUAUUAACCCAAAUAUGUCAGUUAUGUUAUGUCUGAGUGCUGCACCCAAAGCCAACAGUGUUUCCAAAAUCCCUGCACACAAUUACCACCUAAGUAGGUAGAUAGCUAGGUUUAUUCUAUUCCAAUAAACCCCUGAAUGAAAUAUCUAUGAACAACCCCUGAUAACCCAUUUUGGUUUGCAGUGAUAAAAAAAGUGACUCUAAAUGAUUAAGUUUCAGUAGGCUUAGUCUAUCAUAUUUCAUGCUUUAUUAUAUUUAUGCUUGUUUAAAAAAAAAUGCAAUGAUCAUUAAUCACUUGUUCAAAGUACAUGAAGUAUGUGAAGUAUUCCAGUAGCUUACUGUAUUUAAAAAUUAUUUGAGAGAUGUCCAAAUGAAAUAUAUAAAACAAAAAAAAUUCAUUGUAA